AUGCAUGAUGUUUCAGGAUGCAAUGGUAGACACUUUGUUUUUUUAAAGCACACUAUAACUAAAAAUGCUAUCACCUUGAAGUUUCCAGCAUUUUAUUCGCAUCUUAAACUGACAUCGGCGGUAUCAGUAAAUUUUUUGCCGUUUACCGGAACCGGGGAUAUCUGGUUAAGCUUAGACCGCUACCGCAAAACCAAAAAAGAGCAAAUGAUUGAAAGACUAUUACUGAGGAUUAUACCAGGGGUGGAAGGAAGUCUUCACCAGGGGAGCGAAAAAACACAAUUUGGAAACCCCGAGAAUAACUACGAGAAAAACUACCAGCAAAUUUACGUUUUGUUUGAAAUACUGUCUGAUUUCGAACGACAAGUCGAUGUAGCUAAUAAAUACAAUUCAGAAACUGAAAUAAAAAUUGAGCAAACAGAACAAACAGGGAUGUUUGAGGUUAUGGAGCAAAUAACAGUUUUACGAACAACAAUGGAUUACACUAUCAAUCAGAUAAGUAUGGCGGAAAGUCACCGCGUUAUUAACGAGGUGCAGUUUAUGAUCUUUAUGGGAUCGCCUGUUCAUUUAGCUGAACGUAUGACGACUGGAACACAUCUCUCUGGAAAUACAUACCACUGGUGGACUCAUCGGCAUCCUCAUUUACACGAUGGAAGAGGAAUAUGUGAUGUUUUGAGAUAA